AUGGCCUUCAAAAGCGGAUUGAGUGAGCGCCUCGAUGAACUGCGUUUCCCUUCUCCUCGUUCUCCUCCCUCCGAGUCGCCCUACAUGGGUUAUACGACCAUGGCCCCCGCUGGCCAUCCUAAUAUGGCAUCGGCCUUUUCGCGUCCGUCGGGCGAUGUGCGCGCCAAUCUGCACCGCCGAUUCACCACAGACUCCAGCAAGCUGUCCUCGUGGAACUAUUUCAGUCAGCCGGGGAAUACUCCCCAUGUGACAGAUCCUCAGGAACUGGUGUCAUCGGCAAACAAUUCUUACAAAACCCAGCUUUUCGAGAAGAAGCGGCAGCACAUCGAGUACAUGCGCGAGCAAAGACGGCGGUUUGAAGAGGAUAUGAAACUACUGGACUUGCAGCACGAGAAGGAGAAGCUGGAAAUGGACCAGCUAGCACGGGAUUUGGCCAAGGCAGGUAUUCCAGGCCCUGUCAGUGAACCAACAACCCCGCCAGAGUAUCAUGACAAUGGCAUCGCGGCGGGUUUCUCGCGGCCAACCCGCUUCUCCACCUCGAGCGUCACUUCAUCUCCAGGAUUCUUCAACGUCUUUGCCCCAUCUAAUCAAAUGAGUUCAUCUCCUAACGGCGCACAGACGCCAACCAACCGCUUCUCGGUUCAUUCUGUCCCUGGCUCUCGAAGAAAUUCUGAGAAGGAGGACUUUGGCAACGAGCAGUUGUCCUCUCCUUUCCGUCCUGGACCUGCUAUUCACCGUUAUUCCAUGCCCACCGCGAACCUGUCUCAGUUUCGCGCUAACGCUCCUGCCCCUGGUUUCAACAAUCCUUCUGGCCUCGAUUCCUUCUCUGCAGCCAAGUAUCUGUUCCCCCACGACGACGACAGGGACACCGUGAGGGACGAAGACAGAAUUCCGACCCCAGACAUUAAAAGCUAUCUCAAGUUGACCGAGCCUGACGACAAGUUCCCCACUCUAUCUCGCCGAGACGAAAACGGCUUGUUGUCGGCAAACUCCGACGCAUUGGAUUUGGCCAACUCGCGUACUCCGAAUCCAGAGUCUUGGAACGCUCAUAACCGUCACCGUGCCUCGCAUCAAAGCAUGCCCCAGAACACGCUCAAUAUGUUCCGCCUGAACCAUCAGCUGGGCAGCCCCACGGGCGAUAACCGCCCCACUGGUGUUAACGUUGCACGCCAUGCUGCCCGACACUCGCUCGAAGCUAAUCUGUUUUAUGGCAAUGAGGACACCCGGGAAAAUGCGGCGUCAACGGCUUCCAGCCGUCCUACUUCCCUGCAGUCAUCAUACUCGACCAACGACCUCCCCACUGUCAAGGACAAUGAUUUUGAUCCCGCUAUCACGCCACCCAAGGCCCAUGCGGACGUGUUCCAGGGUCGUUUCCGUCAGACCAGGGGUUCACCCGAUCACGAGGAUGCCCAGCGGCCGAACUCGCAGUCCUCAACCACCACGCUGCAGGCCAGUGCCGCCCCAUUUGGUCCUCAGCUGAACAUGACCGCUUCCAACCCUAUUGCCCCCAGCUCGACCACAGCCACUCCGUUGACCAGUGUUCCCAAUUCGUUCUAUGGCUACGGCAUGCAGCCCUACCUUGGCAAUCCCAUGCAAGUCAAUAACCAACUUCCCAACUACAACCCCCCUGGCUCCUUUGCGGGUUAUGGGCCAUACAGUGGCUUCCGGGUCAAUGACACCCCGGCCAGGGGUGCUGUUGGCGCGCGGCGCAGUGGGGACGGGGAGUCGACCCAGCUUUCUCGCUUCGCGAACUUCCCUCUGGAGCACUACCGUGGAGAAUUGUACAGCUUGUGCAAGGACCAGCAUGGUUGCCGGUAUCUGCAGAGAAAGCUGGAGGAGCGCACCUCUGAACACGUUCAGUUAAUCUUUGAGGAGACCCACCCCCAUGUUGUCGAGCUGAUGACCGAUCCUUUUGGAAACUAUCUCUGCCAGAAGCUGCUCGAAUACUCUAAUGACGAGCAGCGCACGGCUUUGAUUAACAACGCCGCUCCUGAGCUCGUCAAGAUUGCAUUGAACCAGCAUGGUACGCGUGCGCUGCAGAAGAUGAUCGAAUUUGUUUCGACUCCCGAGCAGACUCGCACCGUUAUCCGCUCUUUGGAGAAUGACGUUGUGGCACUGGUUCAGGAUCUGAACGGCAACCACGUGAUCCAGAAGUGCCUGAACCGGCUGUCGGCUGAGGAUGCUCAGUUUGUCUACGAUGCUGUUGGUGCGAACUGCGUAGUCGUUGGCACUCAUCGCCACGGAUGCUGCGUCUUGCAGCGUUGCAUUGACCAUGCUUCGGGAGAGCAGCGCGCCCGCUUGAUUGCGCAGAUCACGGCGAAUGCUUUCUCAUUAGUCCAGGAUCCGUUUGGAAACUAUGUCGUUCAAUACAUUCUGGACCUGGCUGAGCCGCACUUCACCGAGCCUCUUUGCCAAUCGUUCCGUGGCCAUAUCCCUGCCCUGUCUAAGCAGAAGUUCAGUUCCAAUGUGAUCGAGAAGUGCCUGCGGACCGCUGAUCUCCAGAUGCGUCGCCAAUUGAUCGAAGAGAUGCUCGUCGGAAAUGAAUUGGAGAGGAUGCUGCGUGACUCGUUUGCCAACUAUGUUGUGCAGACCGCCAUGGACUUCUCUGAUCCCGAGAUGCGUGCCCACGUCGUGGAUUCCAUCCGCCCAAUCCUACCUGCUAUCCGUCAGACUCCCCAUGGACGUCGCAUUGCGGGCAAGAUCAUGGCUUCCGAAGGUUCGGGAAGGGGCAAUGCUGCCACCAGCGGCCAGGUGGCACCCAAUGAGAUGAACUCGGCUCAGCUUCCUGGACCCUUGCAGGGAGCUCCGAAGCCAUUGAUGUACCAACAGAACGCUUUCGCAUCUGCCAGUCUUGGCCGUCAAUUUGCCAACCAGAACUACACGCCGGCAUCGGGCUCCAGCUCUGGUUCCAACGCGUCCUCGGGCGGAGCCAGCGACAGCUCUGGAAGUCUUUACACUCCGGCGGCCCAGCAGCCGACCGGUAACUUUGGGGCUCAAGGCCCACUGUACGCCUAUUUCUGA